AUGAUUAUUAUUAUUUCUGUCUCAGAUAGAUUUCAACACCAUUCAGUCCACGAAUAACAUUUUUAAUUAGAUAUUGAUCCCAAUUAAAAUGUAGAAAAUCUUAAAGUAAAUAACCAAUCGCUCAAAGGUACUCAUUACACUAAGAUUCGUUGAUUUGGGUCCCGAUCAAUUUAAUUUAUAAUGCGUUGCUACGAAUCAAGUACUUUUAAAUGAAACUCCAGUUCAUACUAUUAUGAAAAACGAUAUGCAAUAAAUUCAUGUACAAAUUGUACCUGUGACAUCGUCCUUUUGCAAUUUAAUUUGAUCUUAUUUUAUUUAUAAGUUCAUAAUACAUUUUUAUUAG